CAAUUGUCAAAGCCGCUUCACGAGUUCCAAAACGAUAGACUGCACUCAAUAAUCUGAUCAAUAACGAAGACACAAUCACUAAGUUUUACAGAAAAAUAUCAACGCAUUACAAAAUGAUGUUUACAAUUCGUCAAUUUUUUGGUUCCGAUCUAAAGUCUGUUGGUUUAGUUUUGGCAUGGUUACAAAUAUUCUGGGAAUGCAUUGACAUGGUGUUUGAUUUUUACGACGGAGAGAAGGACAAAGUGGACGUAUUGGUCAACUCUAUAGUAUCGGUGGUUUCGCUCCUUUGCCUUCUCUAUGGCAUUCACAUGAAUCGUCCGAAAUUAAUGAUGGCGUCUUUGUGUGAGUUGGCGUUUUCAGCACUAGAAUGUCUUCUGAAUAUAGUACCAUUGGCUUUUGCUUUUUAUAGUGUUUGUUUGCUUAAACAAUUAAGCAAAAAUUAUUGUAUCAAUGAAAUCUUUAUUCCGAUUGUUUCGUCCAUUUUUCAUACAGCGUUGCAUUUUUGCUCGGUUUUAAUAUUUUAUUCGCUCUACAAAUCCAUGUCUGCUGAUCCGACAAAUUCGAAAUCUGAACUCAAUCAAGUUGAAGCAGCUAAAGAUGAAGCAUCCAAAAAUGAUGCUACCGCUGAAUAUACCGCCGAGUUUAAGGCUUAAGACAUGACAUUGCGUUUAAAUGAACCUAAUUAAGUAUGAACUAUAUUGUAUUUCGUAAAAUGAAAAAAUUAUUCAUUGCAAAUCAUUUAUUUUUUUAAUCA